CCUCACAUGAUCCAGCUUAAUCCUUCUCCUCUCCUUCUCCAAAGCAGCUGGCUGCAGUAAGAGCACAGCAGCAAUGCAGACACAAAGAGCCCCAGAGUGGACAAGAAGGUUCCUGCUUCUCAGUGUCCUCUGGGCCUCAGCACACCUGCCCCGCCCAGGCGCCUCCCUGCUCCAGCGUCUCCCAAGGGACACAGGAAACAGCACCCAGUGUGUUAUUUCUCCAUCAUCGGAAUUUCCUGAAGGGUUUUUCACGAAACAGGAGCGUGCAGAUGGGGGCAUCAUCAUCUACUUCCUAAUUAUCCUUUAUAUGUUCAUGGCUGUAUCCAUCGUUUGUGACGAAUACUUCUUACCCUCCCUGGAAAUCAUCAGUGAAUCCCUGGGUUUGUCUCAGGAUGUUGCUGGUGCAACUUUUAUGGCAGCCGGUAGUUCAGCUCCUGAAUUAGUUACUGCUUUCCUAGGUGUAUUUAUCACAAAAGGAGAUAUUGGCAUUAGCACCAUUCUUGGAUCUGCAAUUUAUAAUCUCCUUGGCAUCUGUGCAGCCUGUGGUUUGCUAUCUAACAUGGUUUCAACGCUAUCUUGUUGGCCCCUAUUCAGAGACUGUGUGGCUUAUGCAAUUAGUGUAGCGGCAGUUCUUGGUAUAAUAUUCGACAACCAAGUUUACUGGUAUGAAGGAACUUUACUGCUUUUCAUAUAUGGAUUAUAUGUCUUAGUAUUAUGUUUUGACAUUAAAAUUAACCAAUAUAUUAUAAAGAAAUUCAGUGCUUGCUGCACCUGUCUUGCCAAAGCUACAGAAGAGAGAAGAGAACAGUCACUAAUAGGAUGGGAAGAUGAAGGUCAACCAUUCAUCCGUCGGCAAUCGAGAUCUGAUAGUGGAAUAUUUUAUGAAGAUUCUGGCUAUUCCCAGCUUUCUAUAAGUUUACAUGGUCUUGGUCAGGUUUCUGAAGAUCCACCAAGUGUUUUUAAUAUGCCUGAAGCAGACUUAAAAAGAAUAUUUUGGGUAUUAUCCCUUCCUAUUAUUAUAUUACUUUUUCUAACUAUACCAGAUUGUAGAAGGAAGUUUUGGAAAAAUUACUUUGUGAUAACUUUUUUCAUGUCGGCACUAUGGAUAUCUGCAUUUACAUAUAUCCUGAUUUGGAUGGUCACAAUCACAGGGGAAACAUUAAAAAUUCCAGAUACAGUAAUGGGCCUUACUUUACUAGCAGCAGGAACAAGCAUACCAGACACAAUUGCAAGUGUGCUGGUUGCAAGGAAAGGCAAAGGAGAUAUGGCUAUGUCUAACAUUGUGGGAUCUAACGUGUUUGAUAUGCUGUGUCUAGGUGUCCCGUGGUUCAUUAAAACUGCAUUUAUGCAUCCCUCUGCUCCUAUAGAAGUGAAUAGCAGAGGACUAACUUAUAUAACCAUUUCUCUCAACAUUUCAAUUAUUUUUCUUUUUUUAGCUGUUCACUUCAAUGGAUGGAAAUUAGACAAAAAAUUGGGAGCAGUGUGCCUAUUAUUGUAUUUAGGGCUUGCUACAUUAUCAGUUCUUUAUGAACUUGGAAUUAUUGGAAACAAUAAAAUAAGAGGCUGUGGAGAUUAACACUAAGAGUGAGCUGUGUGAAAAUGUAGCUGACUGAGAAGGGA